GUCUGACAGUCAGUGAAGGGUUAAACUGGGAGUCUGCAGCAGGCUCUCCUUUCUGUCCACUGCGUUUAGCAGAAAACAUCUGACUCCUGCUCGCUCUCCGAGGCUGUGUUUGAUUUUACUCAUUUUGCAGCGUAGCCGCGGAGGCAUCACGGGAACAACGACGUUCACCGUUUCCACAGCAGGACUUCACCAUCUCUCUGCGCGCUUUCGAACAGACAAAUAACAAGAGAAGCAUGUGUGGGUGUUAAGAGUCAUCUGCCCGGUUGACCUCACUGCCCCCGAACACGAAGCUGCCAUCUGCUUUUACCCCUGACUGUCCACUCGUCCAGUGAGGCUCACUCCACACCAUGUCUGGAGAGGUGGAGAACAGCGCUCCUGUCCCUACCGACCCCAGCAACACUUCCCCAUCUACAGCCUCAACCCCCAGCACUCCUCCUGCCUCCCCUGCAACAGCCACAUCCAAGGUCCCAUUCAAGAAAGAAAAGAAGAAAGUUCCAGAGAAGACAGAUGAGUACCUGCUGGGCAGGUUUCAAGGGGAUGGCGUGAGGUACAAGGCCAAACUGAUUGGCAUCGAUGACGUGCCAGAGGCCAGGGGAGACAAGAUGUGCCAGGACUCCAUGAUGAAACUUAAGGGCAUGGCAGUAGCUGCUCGGUCCCAAGGGAAGCACAAACAGAGGAUCUGGGUCAACAUUUCCAUGUCGGGUAUCAAGAUCAUUGAUGAGAAAUCAGGGGUGAUUGAACACGAGCAUGUGGUGAAUAAGAUCUCCUUCAUCGCCAGAGAUGUGACAGAUAACAGGGCAUUUGGAUAUGUUUGUGGAGCAGAGGGACAGCAUCAGUUCUUUGCCAUAAAGACCGCACAACAGGCAGAGCCCCUGGUCAUUGAUCUGAAAGAUCUCUUCCAGGUUAUCUUCAACAUGAGGAAGAAGGAGGCAGAGGCCUUACAGAAGGGUGAAAAUGGCAGCGCAGUAGUUGAGAAUGGGAACGAUGCCUUGCUAAAUAUGGAAGGUGAAGUUAAAAUUGCCCAACCAGUGGAGCAGCUUGACCUUUUUGGAGCCAUGUCGACCCCCCCAGACAUCCAGGCACCAAAUGACUCUAAUGAUAUUCUCUUGCUGGACUUUUCCACUGAAGUUGACAGCAAUCAGAAUUGCAUAAAGGGAAGCUCCUUUGUAACUUCCUGUGCCCCUGACCGUAGGGCAUCUCCACAUACAGAGAAUCCUUUUUCCUCGACAUUUGGCUACUUUCCAACACCAGACAGCGACCCUUUCAGAGAUGACCCCCUUUCUAAAUCACCCGCUCGGUCAGCACCCGAUAAUUCACAGAUCAUCCUCACCACCAGUCACCUAAACAGCACUGCUGGCAGCACUAGUAAGACACUUAUUAACGGUGGUUUUAAUGGAAACUCUGAGCACCUUAGUCAGCAGGUAAAUGGGUUAACCAGUAAGACUAUGAUCCUUGCGCUCAGUAACGGACAGUGGCCACUAGGGGGCAAAAUAACUCAAGGCAGCACAACUACCAUGAUGGAUGGAAAUGAUUCUGGACCAGUUCUCUCAACCAAAAACCCAUUUUUUGACUCCUCUUUGAAAACCUCCCCUGUCACUAACGGCAUAUGUCAUCACCCACAACCUCCUGUGACUCAUAGCAAGGAUUCAGUUGUCAUAAACCCGCCUCCGCAGAGCUCUAAGGCUGGACGAGGUCGAAGGAGUGCAAAGUCCACAUCAAGUGACCUGUUCGGGGCAGAGCUGUUUGCUGCUCCUGGUAAUUCUGAGGGAUCACCUGCUUCCAGUAACUUCUUCAACAGCACACCUGCCAACUCUGCUCCCUCCUCCUUAGCUGCGCUGGGGAAUCUUCAGUUAGGCCCUCCAGCUACCACCAGUAUCCCUGCUGCAGGCAUGUGGGGAGCCUCCACCACUGUACCCUCCAUGUUUCCUAUGCCAGGAGUGACAGCUCCCAGCCCCAGGCCAAACUUCCCACAGCCAUCUGCCUUUGGCGGUCUACCCAUACCACCCACCGCCUGGGGCCAGCAGAUGCCAUCUCAGUUUGGUGUCCCAGCUCACGCCUGGGGUCAGCCUCCACCAGUUGCACCACUUGGUGUCCCAGGUUGGGGUCAGCCCGCAAAUACCAAUCCUUUCCACACAAGCCCAUUCCCUGCAAUGGGUGACCAGCAAGGUCCGUCACGCCCCCCUCCUAGACCACCCGCUAAAGAGGCCCCUCCAAAGGUAGAGAACAGUGCCUUCACGGCUUUGGACCCACUUGGAGAUAAAGAGAAGAAGACUGGAAAGGACAUGUUCAAGGACUUCCAGAUUGCAAAGCCUCCAGCCAUCCCAGCGAGGAAAGGGGAGCUUGUGUCCAACUCUGCUCCGCCCUCAAGCAGCAGUGAAGCAGGGGCAUUUGAUAUGUACUUUUCCAGUAAAGUGGGCCUGGCUCAGGAUGCUGCAGAUCAUGAUGACUUUGAUAUCAAUCAAAUGUCACCAGUUGUUAAUGAUAUCCCUGCUCCAGCUGCAGCUCCGGCUCCAAGCUUUAACCCUGACCUGCUCAAUGCCGCCUUCUCUCCUGCUCCCAUCGCAAACAACUCAGCACCAGCACAGGGACAAGACCUCAAUCAGGACAUGUUUGAUAAAGCAUUUGGGGCCCCAAAUUCCAGUCCGUUUGGAAUGCCACCUGUAACUAUGCAGACCGCUACUGUUGGGCAGACUUCUGUUUCAACAGCUGCUUUUGGUGAUUCUUUUGGAAACCCCUUUGCUUGACCACAACUUUGUCCACAAUGGAAAUAGAAUAAAUGGAUAAACGGAGCAAAUGGAGAUCUUCUCAUCAAAUAACAUCUUUGGGACAAUCUGCUACAUGUGCAAGACAAUCCAAAAUCUCAAACCCUUGUAACCCUUGUCCCUGAUCCACCCUUCUUUUAUACCUCCACCUGUGAUAUUGUUUUUUUUCUGUCCAAUCAGUUAUUCCUGAAGACCACUGAUCUACGAAGUAAAUGUCAUGUCAAGAUCUACUGAAGAAAGAAACAUGGUGUGUGAAAGAAAGCAUAUCCAAAGAGGUUCACUGCUGAUGCUGUGUGUAUUAAAGAAAUAAAAUAAUUCAAUCAAAAUACUGCAAGGUGUUGACAAGUUCA